AUGAGCUUCCACAGCUUGGCUUUGUCCUAUUUAGUCGCGUGCGUCCUCUGCAGCAGCAGCUCGGUGACCGGGACGGACUCCCAGAGCUCGUCGCCCCAGGAGUCGUGCGCGUCCUGCGGUCUCAGGACGCCGGACCAGUCGGAGCGGGUGAACAUCGACUUCCUGGAGGCGGUGAAGAGGCACAUACUGAACCGACUGCAGAUGAGGGAGAGACCCAACAUCACCCACCCCAUCCCCAAAGCCGCGAUGGUGACGGCGCUGAGGAGGCUGCACGCCGGGAAGGUACGCGAGGACGGGCGGGUGGAGAUCCCGAGCUUUGACGGACAGGCGGCGUACAACAACGAGGUUCAAGCGGAGACCUCGGAGAUUAUCAGCUUCGCCGAGUCAGGUAAUAAUCAAUGAUGCAUGAUCGACCUCCUCAUGAACCCCCAUCACCGUUUGACUUUAUGUAACAGGCAGCUGCAGGUGAGUUCAUAACCUGAAAUCCGGGAUGAAAUUUCAUUCUGUGAGGCUCACCGAGUUUCUGAUUCAUCCCCAGAAUAAAGACUUAGAGAGAAAUCAUCGUUUAUUUAUCAGAGCAGCUUGAUUUCCUGAAUCCUCCUGAUUUACUUUAAAGAAACUCAACUCGGAGUCCUUAAAUUACCCCUAUGUGUGUUGUCUGUGGGAUAAAAGGAACCUCUGAAUCCAAUUUCAUCACCAAAGCCGUGCUCACACUCAAUACUCCAAUGUAUAAAGCCCUCUUUUAAAUACACACAAAAGUCCCUCAAUUGGCCAUUUAUCCCUUCCUCUAAGAAUGUGUAUCUAACUAAUUCUCACAAGUCCAAAGAGAACACCCUUUCCUCUCCCUCUGCCCCCCUCUCCCUCUCUCUCUCUCUCACACACACACACCCCCUUUCCUCCACACACACACCUAAAAUCAUCCAGGCUUGACAGAAUCCAAUAAUUGUCAGUUAGCGCUGUGAGAACGUCGUCUCUGACACAAACUGUUAGUUUAACAAAAAGAAAACAUACAAUUAAAAGACACUGAACGAACAUGCAUACCAUCCUGUAUUUUCCCAUUGGCCCCUGCUGCUACAAUUAGCCUGAAUGCGGCUCCCACCUUCCAAUGGGAAUGAUCUGAGCGCCCUCAUGACAAGGGGAACAAAAGCCGGGCAAUUAUUAUAAGAGCUCCGUGUGUUCCUGCUGAACGCUGCAUGUCAACGUACGGCCGAGGAAAAAGCAGCGAAAACAAAAGAAAUCAGAAUAAUGCAUGAGACAUUUGAGUUUGUGCGGGGGAGUUGGAGCGAGGAGGGGUUCGAGGAGGGCUGAUAUUGUGUGUGAGUGUGUGUGAGUGUGUGCGUCCAUAUUGCAGUGUUGUAAAGAAUGUUUUUGUGGAUCCAAAGGUUCGCUGGGCUCUUUUUCUGCUUCUUCUUCUUCUUCUACUUCUGUUUUUUCCCCCUCGUUCUAUUCUUCCUCGCACCUUUGAGCCUUUGUGCGGCAUUGUACCAUGGAGCUGGCGCGGGUCCCUGCUCCCUAGACCCCGUCUGCCUCCUGGCCAGCUGGCUCACGCCCCCCCUCUAGAAGAUCGGAUGCUGCCAGCCAGGGGGCAUGGCUCGGAGGCAAGGUCUCCAGAAAGCUCUGAAGCCAGGGGAGCUCGCCCCCCAAGCAUGAGGGAGCCUGAAUCGUGGUUGUUGUCACAGUUUAGGAGGAGGCGGGUUGCGUUGGGGGGGCGAGGUUGGCAUAUGUUUAGCCAACAGCGAAUGGAAGUGGAAAGGUGUUGAUGUGCCUCCAAACGGUGAAGUCACCUCACGUCCCCUCGGCUCGGGGUGUUAACUACGUGCUUGACAGCCAGGGAGCCGGCGCCUUAUCUCUGGUUCGCCGUAGUGCAGGAGUUAGAGGUCUGCCAAGCGGCCCCCCAGCAGGUGAGGGGGGGACGAUGCCAAACUGACACGGUCCCACGGGUCCCCGCUGAGGGAUUCGGUGUCCCGUAUCCAGGGGAGCGGAGCGAGGAACACAAGCGAGGGGAAAGGAGGGAGGGUGAAAGAGGGGCGCAGUAGACGCAGAGGUUUAGAUCGGCGUUUCUCGAUUGCUCAGUAUAGACGUUCAGACCCGGUGAACCUGCGGCGAGCGCUCCAAGAAUUAAGACUUCAUUAUGGGAGGUCAUUAACUCCAGUCCGGUUCCUCUAGAGGAUCGGGUUGGCAGGUUUACUUCAGGACACAAGUCUUUCAUGAGGAGCUGUCAGUCACGGCCAUCCUGGACACGCUCCAGACAUUUUCCACAUUCACUCACAAGUGUGUGUUUCAGCCCGCCGUGGUUCCUGGCGCCCUCUCUCUGGCUUGCGAUCUUAUGAAUGAUUUAUGCAACUUUAUUAAAAAUGGACUCGUCGCAAAGCUUAAACAACAACAGAGCCGGUGCCACAGCGGCUUUAACCUCCGGCCAAAAGUCCAGCGACCUGCCUCGCCGUCCUCUCCCUCCCUCCCUCCCCUCCUUGCUCUCGGUGGAAUUCCUGGAGUGCUGAGACUCUCGGGGCCUCAGGGAUGGCUGCCGCGAUAGGCACGCACGCCUCCCUCCGUUCAUGUCAGGGCCACAAACGCUCCGCGCCGCACCCCUUGUCCUUCCACGGCGUGUGGUCUCGUCGACAGCAGGUUUGAGUAAUGAGUUCUGGAGCUGCCUGCCUCCAUCGCUGCUCCCCUGACUUGGUGGCGCAGGUGGGGACACGCUGAAGCAGCUCUUUAUCCGCCGCGGCCCACCCAGGUGUCCUGGCUGCCGAUGCUCUCUGACAACUUUUCCACUGCGGGGUCAGGCGAGGCGUGUCGGGGCCAGCUUCAGAUUGUUCGGAACAUAAAGUGGAUGGAAAUGAAAAAUGCGUUCCUUAGAAAGAGCGCCGAACAAACAGGUGAUGUGGCGUUAAAGAAGCUGUACGUACAGUGUGAAGGUUGAAAAAUGUAAACUGAUGGAAACACACCAUCAAUCUUCCUCGACUCGUCGUUCCUCAUUUGCUGCUCGCCCUGAAGAGCAGCUGGGCUAAAUGUACGUUUAUUUAACUUUACAGGAUUGACAUUAAAUCAGAAACAGAAGAAGAAGAAAGUUCUUUUGUGACCUUUAAAGAAAACGGUUCGUGUCGGUCGACUGUGUCAGGACUUCACUUUCACAGUUAAUCCGAGAAAAUGUCGGUUUACGAGGAUCCAGACUCACUCAAAGACAUUAAAGACCUAUUACACCUACUUUUACCUUUCACUCUGGAACACCUUCAGGGUGUAUUUUCAUUAUUUAUAAUUAAACAAAAACUCACUAUCUAUCUUAUUUAUAGAUUUAACGGUAAGAAACUGUUAAACUCCAACAGGAAAUUACUGUAAAUUCUAAAAAAGUUGUAAACAGUUUUUUUUUUUUUGAGCCGAAACAGUAAAAUUUACAAAAACAAAAAUUCACAGUGAAAAACUUAAACACUGUAUGAAAAAAUACUGUGAAAAAGUUUACAUUAAUAUUUAAAGAAGAUAAGAGUAUGGGACUGUGUCAAUUGUGAUUUAAAUAGAAAAAUGCAUUAAAAUUUUACAAAAUUUAAUCCCAGCCAAAUUUAUAGUGCUGUUUCAUCUUAAAUGCGGUAAUUUGCUGUUAAAUUAACAAGUUUUUAUUCUGGUGAAAACUUGAGCGUUCCUGAGCGUGGGAUAAUAUUUAUCUUUAACUUAAACCAUUAAAUUUACAGCAUUUUUUACAAUUUUUAUUUACUCCAAAAACAGGUUGUACCAUAUUUUUUCUUUUGGAUCAUAGAAAUAUAUUUUUAUAUCAAAUUCUCCGUUGACUUCUGACCAAUCAGAGCCCUCCGUUCGAGCUCAGUUGAUACUUUAACCAACUGAGAUGCUUGACCUGGAGUAACCUGGUUGACAUGCCGUACUACUGAGUUUUACCGUGAGUAAACAAAAAAAUUGUUGCGAUGAAAGUAACCAAAUUAAUUAUGCAAUAGAUAUCAAAACUGGAAAACGCCGGCAGUUAGCGCCACGGCGGUCGAAACCUUUUCCCCUUCCGAAUUAAACACCUGCCCACAACAGCGACUCGGCUACCUUUAUUCCUGAGCCCCCAGAUAACAAGACAGCGACACCUAAGGCACACAAAGUGAACUGCAACUUAUAAUAUGUGUCACAGCAACAUAUUUGGCUCCUACACCCUCUCUUUCACGUUGUAAAUAGCGGAGAACAGAGCAGCUGUAGGUCUACUCUUUUAAGACUGUCAACAACAACAUGUCUUCAAUCAGGUAAUUAAUGAAAAGUCAGUCAGAGACGCUGAAAGAGGCAAGUCUCAGCUGUUCAGGUGUGCUCUCAAACCUGGUCCCUGCAGAAGUUCUUCAGCUGUUGGUCCAUUAUCUGUUGUUAAAGCUGUAAGAUGAGACACAAACUCUGGCGAGUGAAACUUGAAGGAGUGGCUGUGACGCCGUGGUCGAGGUCGGGGUUGGAUCUCAUGUCUAUUAGUGUCCAAACGGGGAGACAGAGCCUGAUGUCAGGUUCAGGCCAAGUCCUGUGAAAGUCCAGAAAAAAUCAUCCUGGUGAUAGACAUGUUCUCCACGUUUAGACACUUUGCUGAGGUUUUGGAUGGAUACUCAGACUAGAUCCUAAAUCACAGCUCUGCACUCGUAUCCAUCUAUCUAAGUCCCCCUUUCAGGGACCCUGAGGCCUUCCUGGGCCAGGUAAGAUAUAUGAUCCCCCAACCUCCCAGUCCUCUACGUGUGUUAGUAACCUUCUCAUUAGAUACCGACAGAACCUUUCAUUUUUAGUUUCCUAAAUCGGUUUCUCCUCUGUUGCAUUUCUUCUUCUUUGAAACCAAAUAUCACCCAUUAUCUUACGCGAUGUAAUCAGAUCAUUCUGACUUGUACUCUGCAUGUCAGCGGUGAAAACGUGCGUUUAGUAAACCUCGUGUUGUUGCAGUAGUGGCAAUCAUUUCUGUCCUGUUUCAAUGCUGGAAAUCGAGAACUGGUUCUUGUUGAGAACCGGUUCCAAAUGGUUCAAUCCAUCGAUGUUGUUUACAUUUUAUCUUAACGAUUCCUUUCUUUCAGUUGCCUUGAAAAACAGUCUUGCGUGUUCUCAUCUACCGGAACAGAGACAGAGAAGAAAACAUGGCGGAUGGAACGAACAGUCGGCAGAAACAAUCAAAGUGUGGCUUAAUUUUAUGAAGAAAAACGAGAGUAGAAGGUGAAGAAUAGUCUACUUUAUUUAAAUCAAAGAAAGGCAUUGAUAAGGGAAUCGUUAAAGAAUUGAAUCGAUAAGCAGAAUCAAUAACGGCAUCGAUAUCAAUAAACUCUUAUCUAUGCCAGUUGCAGUGAUCUCUUACUGAGUCAUUUAUUCAUGAUCAGUUUGGGUUUUCGGCGUCAUUACUCGACUUUUAAUCGCUCCAUCGGUGAGCAUGUGAGAGUGAGAUCCCCUCCUUUCUAAGUCCGGAGCUGUUGAGGCAAGUCGUGACGCACCGGUCUGAAUACGGCGCGAGUUUUCAGCUGAUUCCUUUAUGUAAUUCCCUUCAGAUGGAUUUCAAUAUGUACUCACUGUGCACUUGAUACUUUACCCACAGGCUUUGGUAUUGAGAAGGCUCAUACUUGAUUGCCACUGCUGGGUGAAGUAUACGUGUGUGUGUGUGUGUGUGUGUGUGUGUGGAUGCAAAUGUGUGUGUGUGGAGUGCUUGAGCUCCCAGCUGACAUGUUUGAGUGGAGAGCUGGUCUGAACAGGUUUCUGUGUGAAUGUAAAGCUGUGCUUUACAGGAGGAAGAGGCGUGAGGCGCCUUAAAGGAGGAGGGGUAUGUUGUGUGUGUGUGUGUGUGUGUGUGUGUGUGUGGGGGGGGGGGGGGGGCGUCUUUGGUGGCCACCUGUUGACACUGACACACACUAAUCAGUCGGCAAACAAAGUCAUUUAGCUGCUUUCAAAGGCGCUGCUCUGCUUGGGCACAUUGUACCAAAUCUCCUGAAAUAGAAACCUUUCAAGUUACCUCGGGGUAAUUUGGAAGACAUCAUUAGGCUUAGAAAAAAAAUACUGCCAGGGAGAGCCCAUCGCCACCCCAGGACUCCCGGGAUCUCUUCAUUGUGCGGCUGCAGAAAGUGGCCAGUGUCAUGUAAAUGGCUUUUAUUUUUGCCUCAUCAUGCUUUUUGCUGGAAAGCCACGCGCUUCAAUGGCGGGCUGCGGCGCGGCUGUCUCCCUGCGCCUCACAGGGGGCUUUGUGCUGUCACUCUCAGGGUGCUCACACUUGGAAGGAGGGGGGAGGGAGGGAGGGGUGGGGUAAGGUGGGGGUGGGGCUCUGGGGGGGGGGGCACUAAUAGUGAACUCAAUGAACCCCCCGGGAGUCUUGGCCAUGUCCACUAACCCUCCCACCUUUCCCACUUGCAUCCUUCCUCCAUUCCUCGGUCUUCCUCUUCUCCGUCCUCCUCUCGAUCCCUCCCUCCAUUCUCUGCCCACCUCUUUUCUGGCCCCUGUCACUUACAAAGCUGGACCUGAGGCCAACUGGGCCUGAUCCCAGAACUGGCCUGUCACAGCUGGCCUAUCCGGAGCUGCCACAGAGGUCACCUGACUCAGUGAUUGAGGGUGAAGAGAGAAAACACCGGGGAAAACAGGCCUUUAAAGACAGAGCUGCGGCCUUUGUUGGGAGGCUUUCUGCUUUUUAUGGGAGUACAUGCUGUGUUUGUGUGCGAUGAGGGAAACAAUCUUGAGCCUUUUUGUGGAUUUUACAACAUAAAACUUGUAGAACAAGGUCUUCUUAGUGCCCAUGUUUCAUUUUGCUUUCAUGCCCUUCAGUGUAAUUCGAAGGCCAAGCAGGGAGCUCCUUUGUGGAGACGGUUCCCCCAGAAAGCUUUGGUCAUGUGAUCUCAGGGGGGGGACUGUCUCCGGAGUAUAAACUGUUAUGAUACUAAAAUCUCCAUGACAACCGAACAAACUUUACCUGCUGAUGAUGAUGAUGAUGAAGGGAGGGAGAACCGGAAGUGCUUCGGAAGACUCACCUACCCUCUUCCAGCAGACGCUCGUUUGUAGCGAGACUUCAGGUCAGUCCAUUAUGGACUACAGCGGGGUGCCGCAGCUCAAGGAAGAACAUUUAUGAUCAUUUCUUCUGUCUUAGCAUCUUGGUCUGAUUGUAUUUCCAUGAAGAAAUGAUCAUAAAUGUUCUUCCUUGAGCUGCGGCACCCCGCUGUAGUCCAUAAUGGACUGACCUGAGGUCUCACUAUAAACAAGCGUCUGCUGGAAGAGAGUAGGUGAGUUGUGUUUAGUCUCUUUGCUAAAGAAAUGAGUCAAAGUUAAAAAGAUGUUUGGUGUCUAGUACUAUGUCUGUGACCCUAUAUGUCCUGUUGAUGAAGUUAGGUGCUGUUCUGAACAUUAUUUGUGGCUAUAGAGUGGCGUUUUGGUUGGGGGCGUGGCUCUCUGUAUUGCUAUCCUGCGGUUGUUACUAAGGUUGGUUUAACUAGAGAAGCAAGCGGUCGACAACAUUCAUCUCUCUUAAAUUUACGUCAUAAUAUCCCUUUAAAUGAGUGCAUUAGCGUGUAAAGAUCCGCCGUUACGCUGAUGACGCUGAAAUGUCCCGCAGAAUUGAGCACACAGAGAAUUUAUUGUGUUUUUUUGUUUGUGUGUUUUGGUUUCUGCAGCGUGUCCUUGCAACAUGCGCAACCAAGACCGACUUCAGCAGUGUUCGUAUUUGGAUAACGACCUGCUUCAAGUGCACGUUGUUUAAAAAGCAAAUCAGCAGUUUUUCUUCUGUUUGGUCGAAACACUAAAAUGCUUAAUUCCAGUGUAAAUUUCUAUGAUGUGGUACUUCUACAGAUCUCUGCUGUAAGAGUAUCUGUGACCUUAAUCGCCUCCUUCUGAAUACGAGACUAUAACCCCAGAUGCCUCUUUUCCUUUCCUCCGCCAUGAUUCAUAGUGACACUGUUGGAGAUAUUGAUUUUGCUCUGUCAAUGUUUUCUUUCAUGUAUUUGUGUUGGACCACUCUCAGUAAAGUCGAUUACUCCAAAGGGACGUAAAGUUUUAUUAUAAAGAACUCAAACGUUUCCAGAGUCAGUAAAUCCUCCUCCUCGCCGUAAACAGUCACUGUCAUGUCGUUUUCAUUUAUUUGACUGUUUUUAAUAUGAAAAGCUCAUUCCUGUUUUUUUCUUUCUCCAACAGAUGAGCACACGUCCUCCAAGUCCGGCCUCUUCUUCCUCAUCUCCAACGAGGGAAACCAGAACCUCUUCGUGUCCCAGGCAAACCUGUGGCUCUAUUUCCGUGUCCUGCCAGCUGGUCCAGAGAAAGGCAUCCGGAGAAAGGUGACGGUCAAGAUCCACUACCAAGAGGCCGGGGCUGCCGGAGCUGCGGGCGGUGCAGAGGGAGGCGGCGGUGGCGGCGGAGGGGGGACAGGUCGUUGGUCGCUGGUGGAGAAGCGGGUGGAUCUGAAACGCAGUGGUUGGCACACUUUUCCUCUGUCUGAGGCGGUGCGGGCUGUGUUUGGGAAAGGCAGCAGGCGCCAGGACCUGGAGGUCCACUGUGACGGCUGUGAGACAGCUGGAGUCGCCCCUGUGCUGGUGGACCCCGGCGACCCAUCGCACCGGCCGUUCCUGGUGGUCCGCGCUCGGCAGGUGGACGGGAAGCACCGCAUUCGUAAGCGGGGGCUGGAGUGCGACGGCACCAGCGGGGGCCUUUGCUGCAGGCAGCAGUUUUACAUUGACUUCCGCCUUAUCGGCUGGAACGACUGGAUCAUUGCACCGGCCGGUUACUACGGCAACUACUGCGAGGGCAGCUGCCCGGCCUACAUGGCAGGUGUGCCGGGCUCAGCCUCGUCCUUCCACACGGCAGUGGUUAACCAGUAUCGCAUCAGAGGGAUGAGCCCGGGCUCAGUCAACUCCUGCUGCAUCCCCACCAAGCUCAGUACUAUGUCCAUGCUCUACUUUGACGAUGAGUACAACAUCGUCAAGAGGGACGUGCCCAACAUGAUCGUGGAGGAGUGCGGCUGCGCCUGA